AUGAGUCAGAUACGUUUACCUCUUGUCAGCACAGAGUUCUUGACAAACCACAUUGUUGCUGAAUCUCUGCUUAUAGAAGAUAACAAAUGCAAUAAAAUUGUAAUGGAGGCUUUAAUUUAUCAAUUGACGACAGUUAUUCAACUGCAUGAAAAAUGCCAAACAGAAUCAAAACAUCGCAACGAAAGCUUUCAUGUGUUUCUUGUCGGUGCCAUACGGGACGAUGAAAGAAGGACAAAAGAAUGCCAAGUCUACGAUAUUUCCAAAAAUAAACUAUUUUUUAUCUCAAGUGGUGGAUUGAAUAGUGGUGUUUGUUUGAAGACGGCUGAAUGUUAUGAUCCUGCCAGUAGGCGAUGGAGUUACAUAGCACCAAUGAAUAAUGCUCGACAUGGUUUUGGCAUUUGCACGUACAAUGAUCUAAUUUAUGUUGUUGGUGGUUAUCAAACAUUCACAGUAGAGAGCUAUAACCCUUCAACAAAUAAAUGGCAUUUGUGUCAAGCCAUCUCUGGAACAAACGAAGGACUCAAUCGGGCAACAGUGGCAGAAAAUAGUAUAUACAGUCUAGCUCAAGUAACUAAUCGCAAUAAUGCACUUCGUCGCUUUGACUCGAGAGAUGGAAGAUGGUAUAAUUUAAAUGAGAUGCCGGGAAUACCUGAUCC